GCGGCAACAAAUUAAGCCUCGUCAAUCUCUAAACUCUCACUCUCACUCUCACAACCCAGCAGCCGUACGCGUCGACACCUUCACCGUGCCACUGCGUCACAACACCACCGCGCGACGCUUUCCCUCCGUCCUCUUCUUUCGUCGUCGCACUUCUCGUCGCUUCAUGACUAGCUUCGAUUCUGCCUCUGACCUCUCUCAAAACUGUCCUACACAGCUUCUCAUUUUUCAGCAGGUGAAGGUUUUAAAGCAAUAAAUUGUUUCUGGGUAAUUAGAGAUUUGUAAAAGAACACGGCAUGGAUCUUGUAAAUGUUUCCACAUUGCAGCUUAGAAGACCCAAUCUUUGUGGAAUCUUCGCAGCACCAUCUAAAAUUAUGCACUGUAGAAUUACAUUUGCUACAGAUUUAACUUUGAAGCCAUUGGUGAUUAGUGCCAGGGCAAAUACCAGAAAGGAAAGCCCGAAAAUUCGGAAUCGAAGAAUGCAAACGAAGUUUAAUGGCACGCCUACAAAACCGAGACUUUCUGUAUUUUGUUCAGACAAGCAGUUGUAUGCUAUGCUGGUAGAUGAUCAAAAUAAGAAGUGCCUGUUUUAUGGUAGCACUCUGCAGAAAUCGAUUCGUCAGAAUCCUCAUUUUAGCACCAUUGAUGCAGCUAAACGUGUUGGUGAGGAGCUGAUCAAGACUUGUAAUGAUCUCAACGUAAAUGAAAUAUCAUCUUAUGAUCGCAAUGGUUUGGCCUAUGGUGAAAGAAUGCAAGCUUUUGAGAUUGCAAUAUCCAAUCAUGGAUUUUUGCCAAGAUGAACUGUGUUGCUCGCUUAGGUUCUGAUAAAUUUUGGCAGUAACGGUGCCUUUCAACCAUAGGCUCCAAGGUUCCAUAGUAGUCCUUCAUUUCACCAAAAUGGAACCUUUGAAUAGGUUUCUGUACCUUAUUCAUUAUUUAUUUAUUGAUGCCGUUUUGAUGUUGUUCUAGUUCUUGUAUUUUGGUUUGGUGUUUGUUGGGAGGAAAAGGAAAAUCUUCCAAGACAAAGGCAGAUGCACACGGGGUAACCCCAAUCCAAGAACUUGGUGCAAUUAUAAUAAUACUUACAGACAUGACCUGUUAUAAACAUGGAUCUGCACUUUCUGUUGGUCACUUUUGAUUGUUCCUCCGUUAUUAAUGCUACCAAUAGCAAUGCUUCUCAUUUUAAUGA